AGCAUCGAAACAGAGGUACAAUGCAUCCCCCCUUCUUCCUAUUCCCCCUCCCCCCCCCCCCAGGAAAAUAAAAAUCUGAUAUACAGACUAUAGAUCCCUACGAAUCCAUCCCUGCUCAUUGUGGAAGGUGCAUGAGACUCAUUUGGGAGCUGCCUGGACGCCAUGGAGCACAUCCGAAUGCCCAAGGUGGAAAAUGUCCGCUUAAUUGAUCGUAUAUCUUCCAGGAAAGCUGCACUGGGGACUCUGUAUCUAACAGCUACUCAUGUUAUUUUUGUGGAAAAUGUGUCUGAAACUCGUAAAGAAACUUGGAUUCUUCACAGCCAAAUUUCCUCCAUCGAGAAACAGGCCACAACUGUUACUGGCUGCCCUUUGCUGAUUCGCUGCAAGAACUUCCAGAUCAUCCAGCUUAUCGUACCUCAGGAAAGAGAUUGCCACGAUGUUUACAUAUCUUUAAUACGUCUGGCACGGCCAGUGAAAUAUGAAGAGCUCUACUGCUUCUCAUUCAACCCAAAGUUAGAUAAAGAAGAGCGAGAACAAGGAUGGAAGCUUGUGAGCCUCAAUGAAGAAUAUCAUCGGAUGGGUGUUCCAAAUAACUAUUGGCAGAUCAGUGAUGUAAAUCGAGACUACCAAGUCUGUGAUUCAUACCCUACUGAAGUGUACGUACCAGAAUCUACAACUGCACACAUCAUUGUGGGGAGCUCUAAAUUCCGGAGCAGAAGACGUUUCCCAGCCCUUUCCUACUACUGCAAGGAUAAUAAUCUCAAUGCAAUGGCAAACAGAGCAGCAGGGAAAGGAUAUGAGAAUGAAGACAAUUACUCCAACAUCAAGUUUCAGUUCAUUGGUAUUGAGAACAUCCAUGUUAUGAGGAGCAGUUUGCAAAAAAUGCUAGAAGUUUGUGAGCUGAAGUCCCCUUCUAUGAGUGACUUCCUGUGGGGCCUGGAGAAUUCUGGCUGGCUAAAACACAUCAAAGCCAUCAUGGAUGCGGGCAUCUUCAUUGCAAAGGCUGUGGCAGAGGAAGGUGUGAGUGUUCUUGUUCAUUGCUCAGAUGGCUGGGACAGAACAGCUCAGGUUUGCUCUGUAGCAAGCCUUCUAUUAGAUCCAUUUUACCGAACUAUAAAGGGAUUUAUGGUAUUAAUUGAAAAAGAUUGGGUUUCCUUUGGGCACAAAUUUAAUCACAGGUAUGGCUAUUUAGAUGGAGAUCCAAAAGAGAUAUCCCCAGUUAUUGAUCAGUUCAUCGAGUGCAUUUGGCAGCUAAUGGAACAGUUUCCUUGUGCCUUUGAGUUCAAUGAAAGAUUCCUGAUCCACAUACAACAUCAUAUCUAUUCCUGCCAGUUUGGUAACUUUCUGUGUAACAGCCAGAAGGAGAGGCGAGAGCUGAAAAUUCGAGAACGAACAUAUUCGCUUUGGGCUCAUUUGUGGAAGAAUCGUGCAGAUUACAUGAAUCCUCUGUAUAGAGAAGACCACAGUCAGACCCAGGGGACACUGCGCCCACAGACAGCUCCCUGCAAUUUCUUGUACAAGUUCUGGAGUGGUAUGUAUACCCGCUUUGAAAAGGGGAUGCAUCCCCGGCAGUCAGUUACCGAUUACCUGAUGGCAGUGAAAGAAGAAACUCAGCAGUUAGAGGAAGAGCUGAAAGUCUUAGAACAGAGAUUGGCAGAUCUCAAAAAAGUGCAGUUAAACAAUAGAAAAGAAAACUCUAAGCAACAAGACCACAACACACACUUAGGGCUUUCUACCUCUAACAACAGCAUAGCUAACACACCCCAGGAUUACAUUAAUAAUGUGAAAUCAUUCCCAUCCCGGAGCCCUUCACAAGGAGAUGAAGAAGACUCAGCCCUGAUUCUGACCCAGGACAACCUGAAAAGCUCUGAUCCUGACCUCUCAGCCAACAGUGAUCAGGAGUCAGGUGUGGAAGAUUUGAGCUGCAGAUCCCCAAGCGGUGGUUGUUGCCUGCCUAGUGAAGACAGUGGCAAAGAUUCAGAUGAGGCUGUGUUUCUCACUGUCUGAAAUGACAUCUGUUCAUCAGAUGAAGAACAGGCACUGUCCUUGAACAUUUAAAAAAAUUCCAAAGAAAAGGAGCUGUGCAAUUGUGUAUGUAAAGGUCCAGGCAGAACAACCACUUAUUAGCUGUAAUAAGACACAAUGUUAAUGAAAGGUAAUCUCUGCUAUUAUGAACAUUUAUUUAAGCCCCUUGUGGUUGCUUCUUUUAACCUUAUCAGAGCCAUAAAGAAUUAUUAAUUUAUUUUUGCUUUCCAAAUGUUAUUUUUAUAUUUCCAUAAUUAUGCCUACUGUACAUAACUGUGUUUUUGUUGAGUAUUUUUGCCUUGAAGGUAGCUGUGUACAUUGUGGAAAUAUUGGAUUUGUUUCUUAAAAUUUUCAAAUUUAACAAUUUUGUGAAAAAAUUUCUAUUAAAAUCCUUUCAAAAAAGAUAUACUGGCA